AUGGGUAAUCCCUACGCAACUAUGCAGCUAACGUCGCAGUAUCAGUAUUGCGCCGCGGAACUGUCGCCGUAUCAUCAUGCCGGACCCGGCGUCGGCGCCACGGCCACCGCAACGGACCCCAUGAGGUCCCACGCGGUGUCGUCACACCAUCAUCCCUGGUACGCACCGGCGCCACCGACCACAAACGACCCACGUUUUGCCAUUUCGCGGCUGAUGGGCGCCGCGGCGGCGGGCGCCGGGACCAAUAUGGCCGGCUGCUCGGUGGGCCAGUCGAUGGGCGACGUGACUAAGUCGUCGGGGAUGGGAGUGGGUGUCGGCGUCGGGGUCGGCGUCGGAAUGGGCGUCGGCGCGAUGCAGUUCCCCCUCGCUCAGAGACGGAAGAGACGCGUGCUCUUCACCCAGGCCCAGGUCUACGAGCUCGAAAGGCGGUUCAAGCAGCAAAAGUAUCUCAGCGCGCCCGAACGGGAGCAUCUGGCGUCGUUGAUUCAUUUAACGCCCACGCAGGUGAAGAUAUGGUUCCAAAAUCAUCGGUACAAAUGCAAGAGACAAGCAAAGGAGAAAGCCAUGGCCGAGCAAAACGCCCAAAAUCAGAGCGCGAGCUCGCCACGGCGAGUGGCUGUGCCGGUGCUGGUGAAGGAUGGGAAGCCCUGCGGAAGCGGCGGGGGCGGUGGUAACGAGGGUAGUCGCGGCGGGCCCAGCGCGGCCCUGGCGAGUCCGGCGCCGCACAUGACGGCGGCCUCGAGUCCCCACGGUACCCAUCAUGCGGCCACUUCCUCGGUGUCGCAUCACUCGGUGGUGGCCGGCGUCAGCCACGUAAUGAGCUCGAGCCAGAGUCUGCAGCACUGCUCGUACACGCGUACCGGGGCGCAACAGAGCGGCAUGCAGCAGCAACAGCAACCGCAGUGCGGCGCGUAUCUACCGUUGCAGGGUAGAGCCUGGUAG